GGCAUCAGAAUUGGGCACACGCCUGGAGUGUUGACUGAUGCCACAGCUGAAUUAACUCUUGCAUUAUUAUUAUCUACUUCAAGACGUUUACCAGAAGCGCAGCAUGCCGCUAAAACAGGAGGAUGGGCGAACUGGUCCCUAACCUGGAUGACUGGGCCGGGUCUGGCUGGUACCACAGUUGGCAUCGUUGGCUUCGGGAGAAUCGGCCAGGCCGUUGCCAGACGUGUUAAGUCUUUCAGCACAGCCCAAAUACUGUACUUCAAUCGAAGUGAACGACCUGAAGCCAAAGAAAUUGGCGCAGUUAAGGUUACCUUUGACGAACUUCUUGCUAAAAGUGACUUCGUGAUCUGCUGCGUAUCUUUAGAGCCAUCUACAAAGGAGAUGUUUGAUAAAUGCGCUUUUGGCAAGAUGAAGAAAACUGCCAUCUUUGUAAACACGAGUCGCGGCGGUACUGUGGACCAAGAUGCGUUGGUAGAAGCCUUACAAAGUGGCACGAUAAGAGCAGCAGGGUUGGAUGUGACAACUCCCGAGCCCUUACCGCUCGACCACCCAUUGUUUAAGAUGAAGAACUGUGUUGUUCUACCUCAUAUUGGGAGUGCUACCAUCGAGGCAACGAAUACUAUGGCGGAGUUGACAGCAAAGAACAUUCUAGCAGUUUUAAAUGGCAUGGAGAUGCCGGCCGAGUUGAAGUAG